UCACAGCAGGCUUUACAUGAACCAAACCAGUGGCUUUAUAUUCACGGGGCUGCCUGGGGAAUGUAAACUAUUUAACAUGGAGAUAGCAGUUGAUAAACUGGAGGCGAUGUUCCAGAAGGCAGAGGCUGACAUGGAGUACAUGGAGAAACGGCUGAGGCUGGAAUUCCUGACAAAUGCUCCAGAGAACGGUACAACAGAGGAAAACCCUGUGAAGCUGCUGGAGAACCUGUCUGCCAUCAAGGUGAGGCAUGCGGCCUUGUGCACACAAGUGCAGGAGAUUGCAGCCGAGCAGAAGCAGUCAAUGGACUCCAUUCGAGCACACCUCGACACCACUGUGCAGCUGGUGCAACAGUUACAGCAGACUGCUGACGUUGAGAUUCCACCACUGACUGAGAUGGAGCAGGAGCCUGCAGAUUUUCUUGGUUUAUCAGUCAAUGAAAACACAGCAGAGUGGUGCCCAGAGUUUGCAGAAGAUGAACAUGAAGGUUAUCGACGCCAAGCUGAAGACGUUGCAGCAUCUCUGUCAUUGAGCUGGACAAGAAAAGGGCAUGUUUGCCUGCUAAUGAGUGGGGAACUGGCACAGCUGAGACUGUUUAAGAUAGACCCCACAGCGAAAGUGACUGAUUCUGCCCAUCUCUCAUUGUCUAGUCAUGUUAGCCUAUUUGAAGGGUUCUGAUGCCCACUUAUGCUGUGGUUUGAUGUCUUUAGCUAGUUAUUUUAAAAUGACACAAUUGACCAGAAGCAAGAAAUCCAGAUGGAACCAACUCACCACAAUGUUUGAGGUGCUGUAAGUGGAAGGUGACGGGCCGUAUUGUAAAUUAGAUGCACUAUUUUUGAUCAUAUUGGAGGGUUCUCUGACUGGCUAAUGCAUCAGUUGAAUGCGUUUCACCUGUAAAUAUGCUAACGAUUUGAAUUCGGCUGAUUACUUUCCAACUGUACGUCAAUGUAUUAUGAUGCUUCAUUAAAAUGAAAUUCCCUCUAA